AACAGAGAAAUUAUGGGAGCAUCUUCUUCAGGCUUGUUAGAUGAGGCUAAAAUCAGCCACGUCAAAGGACUUGUUAACAACACCUUCCAGAAAUUCAGUGAGUUUUACCGUCAGCAGUAUUCUGCAGCCUAUCUUGGCCACUUACACCAGGAGCUGGAGCCUAAGAAAGAGGGGAGGGGGCUGUUGCUCACACAUAGGCCUAAGUAUGCUCCAGAGGAGGUGCUGUACCAAGGAAGUAUUAAGUCUUCUGGCUGGGAUGAGCAAGGAAAGAAAUGCAAAGAGAGAUUCAUCGUUCUGAGAAGAAACUACAAAGUGGAGAUACAUGAAAACAUGGAGACUUUUAAUCGUGGAGUUGCAGCUAAGUUGGUCCUCCAGCCAGCAGGUGGUAGUGUGUUGACUACAGAGGCGGAAUCCAAAGCUCUGCUGGAGAGAACCUGCACUGGAAUACUCAAUGGAGUGAAGGAGGAUUCUUCUUCGGUGGUAUCAUCCUCAAAUAUGUUCGCUGUGUAUUUGCACCUGCCUUAUACGGGUUACACCUGCUUCCUGUUCCAACAGGAAGAGGAAAGAGAUCAUUUUCUGUCUGCCCUCAAGACCUGCAUUAGACAUUGCAACCUCGACCCCUGGUGUGAUUCAUCCUAUGAGAGUAAGGCAUACAUCCGAGCCCUCCAACUCUACCGCCAGGACAAAGGAUGCUAUCAAUCCUGGGAAAUACUGCUGGGCACAGAAGAACAAGUGCUGGCCUCUCAGGUGAUGGUGGAAGUGUUGCCGUGGUUACAGAGUCAGCUUCAGUCCAGGCUGAAGGGCAAGAAGGCAGAGAGGAUGCGACAGUGGUUGGCGACGGUGCAGGCAACCUACAUGUUGGUUCUGGAGCAGCUGACUGCAAGUCUGGAGACUCUGAAGGGUGAGUGUCGUCAGAUGGCAUCAACCAAUCAGGCGCUCAUCAGAUCAGAUCUGGACCAGAUAAUGACCUCUCACAGCUUCCUGGAGAAGAAAGUGCGAGACUGUAUAUGUAAAGAAGCAGAAAAGGUGUGCAAUGACUCCGUAGCGCCCUACAUGUCCUCCAUCCUGGAGGCGCUGACAGAAAACAUAAGUGUAGGAAUUCAGGAGAUGCAACACACACUGCGAACACAGAUGGACACCGCCUUCACAAACACAAAUGAACACACGGAGGAGACCAAGAAGGCCCUGUCCACUCUGCGCUCCAUCAGCCUGGAUCGUUGCUACCGGCAGGUGGCGAAGCUGACCGAGAAGCUUCAGGAUUUAAAUCAGAGGUUUGGAUUGAAUAGCGCCGAGCGUCUGGUUAACUCUGCACAUCUGGAGAUGGAGCAGCUGUUAGACAGUGCUGUCUACACCUUAGAGAUGUUCCUGCAGUCAUCAACCAGGCUGCAGCCUUCUCAGGUUCCUGUCAAGAUGGACCGAGCUAAAGGACGAGUUCUGAAGCAGCUGGACUAUGACAGCAGAGUGGUCCAGCGGAGGAUCUAUGAGGAAGCUCUACUGGAAAUCACUCAUCCUGCUCUCACCAAGGGGAUGCACAGCAAGUGGAAGAGUGAGUUCGAGCAGUUCGAGCAGUACAUCUUCUCAGACUACAGCAGUUUUAUCCUGGUUCAUAAUGUCUAUGAUGAUGUUCUGAGAAACAUCCUCAGCAAGGAGAUAGAGACAGUUGUCCAAGACGCUGCCAGUAAGAAGACCAACAACCUCCUACUGGACACUACGGAUCUGGCCAUUAGUCAGUACAGUCUGCUCGGACACACGCCUCCUCUCUCUGCUCCAGGAAGCCCAGCCUUUCAAGCUCGAGAUUCCUCCUCAGGGGUGCCAAGUGGAGAUAAAGAAUCUGAUCCCCUGGCAGAGGAAGGAAAUAAAGAAUCUUUUCCCCUGGUGGAGGAAGGAGGUAAAGAAUCUGCUCCCUUGGUGGAGAAAGGAGAUAAAGAAUCUGCUCCUGUUGUAGAUGAAGGGGGUAAAGAAUCGGCUCCCUUGGUGGGGAAGGGAGGUAAAGAAUCUGCUCCCUUGGUGGAGGAGGGAGGUAAAGAGUCUGCUCCUGUUGUAGAUGAAGGAGGUAAAGAAUCGGCUCCUGUUGUAGAUGAAGGAGGUAAAGAAUCGGCUCCUGUUGUAGAUGAAGGAGGUAAAGAAUCUGCUCCUGUUGUAGAUGAAGGAGGUAAAGAAUCUGCUCCUGUUGUAGAUGAAGGAGGUAAAGAAUCGGCUCCUGUUGUAAGUGAAGGAGGUAAAGAAUCUACUCCUGUUGUAGAUGAAGGAGGUAAAGAAUCUACUCCUGUUGUAAAUGAAGGAGGUAAAGAAUCUGCUCCUGUUGUAGAUGAAGGAGGUAAAGAAUCUGCUCCCUUGGAGGAGGAGGGAAGAGAAUCUACUCCUGUUGUAGAUGAGGAAUCUGCUCCACAACCAAAGGAUGAGGGUACAGAAUCUGCUCCUGUUGUAGAUGAGGAAUCUGCUCCACAACCAAAGGAUGAAGGUACAGAAUCUGCUACUGUUGUAGAGGCAGCAGGUCAGUCAGUCACAGCUGCAGUUGACCCUGAACUAAACACUGAUAUCAGGAACCUUCCUAUCUCUGACCAGAGCAGAGUGCUUGUAUCUCCUGUCAUUAUUGUAACACAACAGUUUGAUGAACCUCAGGAGGAGGCUUCUUGCUUUGAGGUAACCAAUGAACAAGUCCAGCUCACAGCUGACACACCACCAGCAACCGAAUCUUCCGACUCGGCCCUACCCGACUCUGAUGCGUCUGUUACACCUGAAUCCCCGACUGUUCCAGAAUGCAGUACUCCCAUCCCAGUUUCUCCUGACCCCCCAGCAUCCCCUCUGUCCACGCCGCAACUCACAGAGGUCCCAGCUGUCACAGUUGAAAGUGCUCAAAGUGACAAAUCUGAUAUACCUGAAAAUUCUGCAAUACCUGACCUCACAGCCUCAAAUCAAACAUCAGAAGAUGCUUCUCCCCCGCAGCCAUCCAUCCCAUCACUCCCACAAGACCCUUACACAGAUAGUCCAAUGAAGAUUAGCCUCGGCUCACUAAGCCAGGCAGUCGGUUGCAGCUCAGAGGCAACUCCCGUCCCACAGACAGUGGUACGGCAAAACACAGACAGAGCUGUGUACCUGACGGGAGAAAUUAAGGACAUUUGGGAGAUGAAAAGGGUAAAAGGGGAGAAACAGAAAGAGGCAGCAGAGGAGGAAGACAACCUAACUGAAGAGCAGAAAGAGGAGUCAGAGACAAGAGAAGAAAAAGAGGAAGAGGUGGAGAAAAAAAGAGAUGAAGGGCAAGCAGAAGAACGUGUCGAAGAUUGCUGCAGGUCCUCAGAAUCACCAGCAGAGAGCGCCACCGCUUUAACUCAGACCCCAGAGCAGAGCGAGAGUGAAGAGAAGGUAGAUGAGGGGAAGAACAGUAGUGAAAUGGUGUCUGAAAAGAAAGAAGAGGAGGAGAAGGUAGAUGAGAAAAGCAGUAAUGAGGCAGGGACUGACAGGAAAGAAGAGGAUGAGAAGGUAGGUGAAGAGAAGAGCAGUAAUAAAGCGGUGGCUGAGAAGAAAGAAAAGGAGGAGGAGGAAGAGCAGAGAAAAGAAAAACCAGAAGACGUUCUUGAAAGUUCUACGCCAAUAGAAUUGCAGGAAGAAAGCGAUCCUGAGCAACCAUUGGGCAGUGUGGCCAUCAUCAGAGACCUUGUGACUGAGAUCACUGAGGUGGAGACAGUAAUCAACCCCUGUCCCACCAGCAGCUGACAAACUCGUUACCACGACAACUGUAGAUCCUGAGAUCUACUUGAUUACUUAAACUCCCAGUUUGUGAUGAAAUGGUACAGAGAACAGAGUGAAACAUCAAAUCUUUUUAAAUAUUACUGCAUAUUUUAUACUACUGCAUUUUGAAUAAGGCAUUUUAUAUA